UAGAUAUUAGCCCGUCCUGGAAACUUGAUUGGAUAUUUGAUUAAGAUGAAUUUUCAUAUAAUAAAUCAUAAAAUGGCAGACCAGGUCCCAGGACGACGAAGACAACUUAGUCACGUGGCGGUUUCAGAAGAAGCGAUGAACGAGGCUAAAAAGAAAAUGGCAGACCAGGUCCCAGGACGACGAAGACAACUUACUCACGUGGCGGUUUCAGAAGAGGCGAUGAACGAGGCUAAAAAGGCACAAGAACACCUUAACAGCUUCUUCAAGAAAGUGUCUGAGCAAGGGAUUAUACCUGUGACUGGAGAUGACAAUGAUAAGGAAAAAGAACAACUUCAAGAAAAAGAGGACCUAAAGGUUCAGAACAGAAAAUUAGGAGAUGAAAUCUUAGAGCUCAAGAAAAAACAAUUCAAAGAUGGCGGCAAUCACAUCUUGAUUGCUUUAUUCAACCGUCCGUUGAACCGGAUUGUAAUCGCUUCGAGGUUAAACAACACCGACAGCUAAUUAGUGUUAAUCUGUUGUGUAAUGUCGAUAAAUGUGUGAAAAACUCGUGUGUCAGUGUUUAUUACAUGUAUUCCCUAUCAGAGCGGUUUGGUGUGCUAAUUUCAAUAAGUUAAGUGCAAACGGAAUAAUUAUAAAAUUAAAGUUGUUCAAAACGA